ACGCUAAGCGACAGAUUUCUGUACAUGUCUCAUAAUCCUCGUGUGAGGAAAGGAGGAAGGUUAAGCGAUACGUUGAUUGUCAAGUGUAAUGCUAUAUAAAAAUAAAGUUACCGUUUCAUUGUGAUAAAUAUUAAUGAGCAAAUCUUUUGUCUUUUCCAACACCAUUUUCGCUUAAACUGAUUGUUGCAUUUGUUUAAUAUGACUGAAGCAAGUUUUUCAGAGAUUACAACAACAACAAAUGCAGAUGCAGUAGAAAUCCAUUCGUGUAAAAUUUGUGGAAUCGCAUGUGAUCCUUAUGAAAAUCCAGCACUUCGAUGUACAGGAGGUUGUGAUAGAAAAAUUCACGUUAAUUGUUUAAAACGUGGAGGGAUACCUGGAACUUUCAUAGGGGAUGUAUUCUUCGAAUUGAACUGUACUGAUUGCAGUUCAUGCGAGGAAGAAGUAAUAACCAGAGAUAAAAUGUCGUGGCUAAAUAUAAUUAUAUUAACCUUGUAUAAUUUACGUGAAAAAUCUAGUGGCAUUAGUAAAAGAGGAUAUUUUCAUUGGAAGUCUGAUAUUAGUACAUUCGUUGAUCGUAACUGGGACUAUUUAUUCAAAAAAACAGUGAAACGGAAAAAAAAUUGGGUUGGAACCAUAUCAGGAACAUUAUCUCAUUAUAGUGGAAUCUUCUUCAAGUCAGGUACUAUGGAACUUGGUGAGUCAGGAUGGUGGAGACUUUUAGACAAUGAUCCUCCUGAAAUUUUAAUAGCUAAAAAUGGAAAAAUGAUUAUGGAUCGUAAGAAACAAGUAAACAAUCCAGUUAAAAAUUCCAGUAAUAAACGAUAUGAUAGCCCCACACCAUCCGAAUCAAGCAUAUCAGUCGGUGAAGAUAGUAAUUAUGGUGGAGAGUCUUCCAGGAGUCAAGGACCAUCAAUGUACUCACGAGCUUAUGUACAACCAAGCGAGACGCUGUCAGACUUUUUAUUAGCUGAAGAUGAUAUCCAAGAUAUGGAUAUGUUAGAUAUUGAAGACGGCAUAGAAUUAAAUGUUCAACAAGAAACACCAUCUCUGACAGAACUAAUGUCUGAUUUUCAUAAUCAAAAUUAUCAACCAUACCAACAUAGCAAUACACAUUUUUCACAACUUUUAGAUAAUUUUUCUCCAGAAUGGACAAGUAAUAUUGUCACUUCACCUGACAUGAUUAGCAAUCAUGAUAUUAACAAAAUUGAUAAAACCAGAGAUGGUGAAGAGGAAGAGCAAUACAAUGAGUAUAGUAGUGAUAGUCUUAGUUCCGUUCAGGAACAACCGCGCUCAUCACUUUUCAAUAUAAAAAAGCGUCGAGAUUGGCCAUGGGAAAAAAGUAUUACAAAUGGUGAAAAAAAGCCACGCAUAAGCGAGCACGAGGAGGCAUAUCUUAUACAAAAAUUUGAUAAAUCUCAACUGAAUUCUGCGCCAUCAUCCAUUCGUCGUUUGUACAGAAAACUGUUUAUACGAAAAUUGAAGCGAGAUUAUAGUUUACCGAUUCUUGAUAUCGACCGUUUUGGAGCCAAGACAGAAGUGCCUCACAGAAAUCACAAAAAAAGCAAUCGUGUACUGGAUAGAUUUUUUAAUGAUAAUACAGAAGGAUUCUUUGAACAACGAUUACAAGGCUAUAACGAGCCAACAUCCGUUCAUAGUCCUUACACAAAUAGACUUCUAAAACCAUUUAUAAGAAGAGACACUUCUUGUCGACCAGUUUGGUUAAGAUUGAUGGAAGAACUUCGUGCCAAAGUUAAUAGAACCAAUCCGCAUUGGAAACCACCUCCAAUAGCACCAAUUGAUUAUUCUUAUGUUAGACCACAACACAUUCCCGCCAUUAAUAGUCUGUGCAACCAAUUCUUUUGGCCUGGCAUUGAUUUAACCGAGUGUCUACAAUAUCCAGACUUCAGUUGUGUCGUGCUUUACAAAAAGUUGGUCAUCGGAUUUGCUAUUUUGGUACCUGAUGUUGGUUACAACGAAGCUUACAUUUCUUUUUUCUUAACACGACCUGAGUGGCGUAAAGCUGGUAUCGGCACAUUUAUGUUGUAUCAUUUAAUACAAACGUGCAUGGGUAAAGAUGUUACGUUGCACGUAUCAGCUACAAAUCCAGCAUUGAUUCUAUAUCAAAAGUUUGGUUUCAAAGUCGAAGAAUUUAUACAAGACUUUUAUGACAAAUACAUGUCACCGAAUUCAAGAGAUUGCAAACACGCAUUAUUUUUACGGCUAAGCCGAUAGCAGUAUUGUACGUUUAAAUUCAUAAAUGGUAAGAUGUAAAAUAUUUCCUAACAUUUCUUUGUUGCCUUUAAUUUAUCUUUUAUAACUUGAUUAUUGUUACGCAUUGAUGGAUUGUAUUUACAAUAAAUUGUUUUGGCAAACUAUCCUUAUAAUUACUUCGAAUAUAAAUA